CUCACUAACCACACUACGAAGACGCACACUGACUUCCAAUGGAGUCGUCACCUAUCUUUUUCACUCUGGUCAUAUCACUCAUCAUGAUUGCGAUCAAUAUUGUAGAUGGUAGGAUAAUUCCUGGAGAAUAUUAUAUGCAAGACUCCCUUGUCCAAGGCACUUCCGUAUCCGCUGUCCCCAUGAAGAAAAGUGAUUGUGACAACUUGGCAAAGGCUUAUGACAAUGAUACGGGUCUAAAAGGUAAGAAAAAAACUGACAAAGAAUUUGAACCAAAACCAAAUGUGUCGAUUUAUUAUAAUGGUAUGAAUUUAAAAGGUAAGAAGACCUCCUAUGACAAAAAGUUUGAACCAAGAUCAAACUUUUGGGCUGUAUAUGGCGAUGAUGAAAACUUAAAGGGUGCAAAGAAGUCUCAAAACGACUUUGAACCAAGACCGAAUAUCUCUGUUUAUGAUAAUGGUAUGAAUUUAAAAGAUAAGAAGACCUCAUUAGACAAAGACUUUGUACCAAGACCAAACGGCUCUGUAUAUGGAGAUGAUGAAAACUCAAAGGGUGCCAAGAUGCCUCAAAACGACUUUGAACCAAGACAGAAUGUCUAUGUUAAAAACAACGCUUGAACCAAGACCAAAUGUUUCAUUCUACGUGUGUUAAGCUUCUAUAUAUCGAUCGUUAAAUUAGAAAGCUUGGGGAUGUGUUGUAAUCAUGUAAUGGAUUGUGAAGUUUGUCAUUACUUUGAAACAAAAAUAACAAUAAUGGCACUCAUGUCUUGUAAACUUGCGGUUGGAUGAAUUUGUAUAAAUUUCCAUUCCUUAAUCUA